GCAUGAGGGUAUAUGUACUGACAUCCUCUAAAAGCCACAGGCAAUCGGCUCCCAUACCGAUUCCUUGACUCUCUCGAGCUCCACGACCGAGAAUCAAUACCAAAAUGACCCUUUGCUGGAACAGGACAGCCAGUUUUUGGAAAUUCCCGUCCAUCCGCCAUCGGGCAAUAUGAAUCAAGACCUGAUGGGAAUCAACUUCUCAUAUUCAUUGAUAAACCCGAGCGAUCAAAACUUUCUUUCUGCGCACAGUCCACGGCCGCUUCCAAACCUGCAAUCCCUUCCAUACCUGCAACCCCAAAAUCGGCUGGAAGACCCAGGAGGUGCAGUGGCGAUUGGACAUCUCGAUUCCUUUAUCCACUGCCUCGAGAACGGUAACUACCCUCCGAGCGUCCUGCCUCGUAUGGCAGAAAGGUUGGAUCGUGCCUAUAGUACCUUCCAAAAUCUGGAAAAGUCACAUUUGCCGGUAGCUCCGGGCCCGAGGUCGCUUGGGGAGAGCUCCAAGCCAGGCGUGAGCUAUCUUUGUCUCAAGUGCCCACAAGGCAAAAGGAAGACUAUCAAAAGCCUUGGAUCGUUCAAGCGUCACGUCACAACCGAGCACUAUUACCAAUACGAAUAUCACUGUCCGCGAGAAUGUCCCUGGUUCGCACGACGCAAAGACAAAGUCCAUGACCAUCUUCGGUCCGUCCAUCGUGAACGAGGAAGUGCUGGCCUAAAGCAUAUGGGACGGUUCGAAAAGCAAUUGCCUCCGCCGAAGCAUUGUCCCCAAUGCCUCAGGCCCGUUGAAAGCUGGAAAGAUUUUUUCCAUUGCUUCGCCAGCCACUGCCGUGUGGAAGAAGAUGGUAGCCCCCUAAGUAGAAGGGGUGAUGAUGACAGCGGGAGCGGUGGCGGGGGCAAUCCCAAUGGUCAAAACGACUGGAACCCUGGACCCAGCGGAAUAAACCCCGGGUCCUAUUUCCCUCAGGGAGGAAGUGGGAACGCUUCCUUCUCGGCAAAUGAUACUAGCUAUUCCGGCGGCGGCGGCGGUGCCUAUAACAAUUUUCACUAUGCGUCACCCAGCCUUCAGAAUGUGAUCUUGUCGUUGAAUGGGGAGGCACCUCCUUCUGAUCAAAUAUGCCCAUCGGCCGCCAAGUUAAAAUCGGAUCCACCGAAGGGUGGACAAGCGUGUCCACUAUCAUCCCCAAGAACAUCGGUCUCUGCCCUUUUGCAGAAGUCUGCUGCGCCGCCGCCCUCAAAAGCUGUAUCAGGCACAAAGAAUCCCUUACUAGGGCCUCUAUCAGCCGUUCACAAUGCUUCGGCGGGAUGCGAGCCGUCAGAACCUUCGAAGCCACCAUACACUCCAAAUGGACUGAAACAUUCAAAACAUCGUGCCAAUUUAUCCGACAGAAAACGGAAGGAAAAGCGUCCGCCCAAGAAAAGCGAUGCUCCCCGCAGGCAAUGCCUCACAUGUGGCCAUCUAUUUGAUGGGUGCGCUCGAUGCCAGUCUGUCAAACUUGAGGGCGAUUGGUGUCACGCUUGUCUAGGGAGAUGUGGUCAACGACAGGUCCAACCUAUUUCAUAUGCCUGCCAUGACCCCGACUCCUACUUGAACUUCAUUUGCAACGGGGUCUCGGAGCGGCCUUCCUUAACCUUUGCAAUAUCGGUAUUUACCCGACUCUCCUUUCAACCGCCUUGGUCUGUAAAGGACGUCUGCAGAGCCCUGAUGUCAAACACCAAGCUAUCCACAGAAUGCAAGGGUGCUGAACAAAUUCCCUCGUGGGCUGAUGUCACGAGUGCUUCCACUGGGAUAAACGUCCUUGACUUUGUCGCCAAUCCAAACCGGUUUGACCAAGCAUCUAGGCACGAUGUGCCUUCAAUUAUCCAUCCCAUGGUCACAAAGUCCAUGGCAUUACUGCUCCAAUCACAGCCCAGAAAGGUUGAUAGACCUGACAGGCGCGUGGUGCCGAUGCCUUUCGAGCUGAGCAGAUGCUUCUCUCCAUCUGCUCACUUCCAUCAAAGGAAAGUUGGACUGUAUGACUAUUGCCGAGAUCUCUUGUCUGGAGACGAUUCUUGCAACUUAUCAGUAAUGACCAUACCUUUGGGAUUCAGCGAGGACGUACUACCGCUUCGCAGCUUGCAGUUUCCAAGCAGAUGUGAGUACUAGAAUAUUCAUCCUAAGCUCGCCAUGCUGACCAACUAUCAGACAAUGCAAGUGAUACCUCGCGCUUUGCAUCCAGGCAGCAAGCGCGCCAACCCAUACCAAAGGGUCCAUUCGAUCUCAAUGACCAUGACCACAGUAUCCAUCUACGUCUUCGGUCCAAGGAUUUGAAGAAUGAGCUCCAAGUCC